GAGUGCCAGCCGGAUAUCUCCUUCUGAAUUUGACGAGUGGCAAAUGGACGACAGCCAAUUGGAAUGGGCUCUUUCCAUUCGUAUGUCGGACACAAGAUGCGAGUACCGAGCCGCCCAGCUGUCCACCGUAUGCGCCUUGUCCAACAGAUUGGGUCUACUCACAAUCGUUGAAGUUUUGCUACAAAGCGAUUUUCAACGUCGACUUUACCGAAGGCGAUCAGAAUUGUCGAUUGAUGAAUUCGUUUCUGACAUCGAUUCAUUCGGACGCAGAGAAUCGUUUUGUUAAUGACUUGGGCAAAACAGGAAGCCCUCAAACGGCUUGGCCACAAGAGCCGUUGAUCGGUGGCAAACGGACGGGUCCCGGGAAAACGGAUUGGAUGUGGGUGGACGGGACGCCGUUCAAUUACUCGAUUUGGGCUGAUGACCAGCCGGACAACUAUGCAGGCAAUGAAUGGUGUUCGCAGACAGCCGCCGAUCUGUACCCGAACGCGUAUCCAAAAUCGGAGCAAUACCUCUAUAAAUGGAAUGAUCUCCCCUGUGAGACUCGAUAUCGAGUGGCAAUUUGCAAGCAGCCGGCAAAAUAC